AUGCAGUGUGUUUGGUUCUUAUUCUUAACAUUCCUACUUGGUACAAGUAUUACCGAUGCUUCAGAGAAGAAAGGUACAAUAAAAUUUGGUAACGGGAAGUAUGACAUAAAGGAUAAAUGCUGGGAGACAAAGCCUACAAUACCAAAAUUGAAGGUCAGCUCUGGCUACCAAUCGUUGGAAAUCAGAAGAAGGAUUCUUCGUGCUUUAAAGUGCAGAUCGGGAAUAAAGAAGUUAAUUGACCAAAACUCAUGUGACUGCGAACCAAGGAAAGUGUCAAAUAUUGGACUGAAAAACAUUUGCCCACACGAAUUCGAGUACGUAACAACGAUAUACAAAAACAAAAAAAGAUGCUACGUCGUACAUCCGCAUAAGCAGUGUGUUACAUACGCAAAGUGUAAAAAGAAGGAGGGUUGCUCGAAGAAUGCCUCGAUGAAAAGUGCAUGUUUGCCCGAUCGACACCGUAUUUUUAAUGUCUGGGUUUUCUGUCCAGACAAUUACCGAUUUGAAUUGGAGACCCUGGAGUUACCACAGUGCUGUACCUGCAGAGAAUACUGGGAUUGCGAAGAUGAUAGUUAACAUCGGAUGAGGAAUUUAAGUCACAAAAGUUGACAACAGCAUAUGAUGAAAUACAAGCUUGGUAUCACUGACUAUGGAAAAAAGGAAGAACAUCAUGAUCUUCUGAGAAAGCAGAUCCUUUAAUAUGCUACACAGUUUCUUAUGCUGUAUAUUUGUCAAUAAAAGAAUCAGCUUUUUGUU